AUCCUUUUUGUCGUGUAGUGAUAUUGUUCCUCUAAAUCUAAUUAAAGUCGGAACUAAAACCUUUGACAAAAUCACAAAGCCAAUAUCAAAACCUAUUUAGCUUCGCGAGAUAUCAGAAGAGAUCAAACUACUUUGAUCAGACCAUGAUCUUCUUCUUCUUCUUUUUUGACGAGCACAGUUCCUAAAACCCUAAUUCUCAGAUUAUGCUGACUCUUUACCAUCAUGAAAGGUCACCGGACGCCACAAGUAACCACCAGGAUGAUGAGACGACGGAGACUGUGGUGAGAGACAUCCACGCGCUAACUCCAGCUCCGGAGGAUAAUUCCCGGACGAUGACGGCGACGACGUUGCCUCCACCGCCUGCUUUCCGAGGCUAUUUUUCUCCUCCACGCUCAACAACGACCAUGAGCGAAGGAGCUUCUUCCGGCGAAAACUUCACAACAAUAAGCAGAGAGUUCAACGCUCUAGUCAUCGCCGGCUCCUCCAUGGAAAACAACGAACCAACGGCUCGUGACGUCACGCAGCGUGAAGAUGAGAGACAACACGACUUGUUGAGGAUCCACGAGGAGAGGGAUCAGGAAGACGAGACGAACCCUUUGGCAAUCGUUCCGGACCAGUAUCCGGGUUCGGGUUUGGAUCAUGGAAGUGAGAUUGGGCCGGGUCAGGGUCGGGUUGGGAUGACAGUGCAAAUAGUGAAGAGGGAAGAGGUUGAGGCGAAGAUAACGGCGUGGCAGACGGCAAAAUUGGCAAAGAUCAAUAACAGGUUUAAGAGGGAAGACACCGUUAUUAACGGUUGGGUUAAUGAACAAGUCCACAAGGCCAAUUCUUGGAUGAAGAAAAUUGAGAGGAAGCUAGAAGAGAGAAAAGCAAAAGCGAUGGAGAAAACGCAAAACAAUGUUGCGAAAGCACAGAGGAAAGCAGAAGAGAGAAGAGCGACGGCAGAGGCAAAGAGAGGGACAGAGGUUGCAAAAGUAGUUGAAGUUGCUAAUCUCAUGAGAGCCGUUGGACGCCCUCCUGCCAAACGCUCCUUCUUCUCUUUCUCCUAGUUUUUAGUGAUAUCAAACCAUUAAACUAAACAUUACUUAUUGUAUAUAAGUUAGUAAAGAAAGGGGUCAUUUUGUAGCUUAUAUACACAUAGUUGAGAGUGUAGUACAAAAGUGUUGCGUGAUGUGAUCCACGUCCAAAACAAGAAAAAUAUUCAACGUAAUUUUGAUUUUUGAAUAA